AUGGUGCUCAACCUUGCGACUUACCGCUCGUCCGCUGCGAUCGCAUCCGUUCUUGUAUCUCUCACGAAUAAUGUGCACAAUGGCGCCGCAGUACUCUCGAAACGAGAAGACGAGCCGACCCAUGGACAACUUGUCGCUGGAGGCGUACUCAUACCCGUCCUUGUCUUGCUGUCGGGUCUGUUUGCCGGUCUAACACUCGGUUAUAUGAGUCUGGAUGAAACACAGUUGCGUGUCCUCAGUAUCUCUGGCACAGAGCGCCAGAAGGCCUACGCCGAGAAGAUCACGCCCAUCCGCAAGAACGGUCACCUGCUCUUGCUCACGCUUAUCCUUGCCAACAUGAUUACGAACGAGACGUUGCCCGUUAUCGCGGACCCUGUUCUUGGCGGUGGCGCCCAGAGUGUCGUCGUCUCGACGGUCCUCAUCGUAAUCUUUGCAGAAAUUAUUCCGCAGUCUAUUUGCACCAGGCAUGGGCUGUACAUCGGCGCAAAGUGUGCACCGCUUAUGUGGGUGUUGUUGUACAGUUUCGGCAUCGUCGCUUGGCCCGUAGCCAAGUUGCUGGAGCUUGUACUUGGCUCUCAUCAUGGAAUCAUCUACCGCCGCACGGAACUCAAGGAGCUCGUCGCGCUUCACGCUUCUGAGAUGGCGCAGGGUGGUGAUUUGAAACAGGACACAGUCAACAUCAUCGGUGCGACGCUCGACCUUCAAGAGAAGUCAGCUGCCCAGGCCAUGACCCCUAUCAAGGACGUCUUCAUGAUCCAUAUUGACGAUAAACUCGACUACGACACGCUGCGCCACAUCUGCAUCAAAGGCCAUUCACGCAUUCCGGUCUACGAGAACGUGUACCUUCCCGGACGCGGUGGCCCGGACGGGAAGCCGCUCGAGGCCAAGAAGAUCAUUGGCAUACUGCUCGUCAAGCAAUGCGUUUUACUCGACCCCAAGGACGCGGUGCCAGUUCGCCAUCUCCCGCUGAACCGUGUGCCGGCCGUUGCCCAGAACGAGCCGCUUCUCGGCAUCCUCGACCGCUUCCAGGAAGGCCGCUCUCACAUGGCUAUCGUCUCGCGUCUCACGAUCAACAAGGCUGCGAGCGUGCAGGAAGUCGUCAAGAAGAACCUCACGCAACGCAUCAAGGACCGCGUCGGUAUCGAUACGGAUAGUUCAAGCAGCGGCAGCGAGAGCGAAAGCGAUGGCGAGUCGGGCGAAGAGAAGAAGAGCAAGAAGCGCUUCCGUUUCUCUCGCAAGAAGGCUAAGGACGCGGAGGCUGGAUCAUCUGACCACACGGCUACCGUCGUCGACACGAACGAGAAGAACGAGAAAGAUGCCGUCGUCUCGAAGCCGUCCUUACUCGCCUCUGCCGCCUUGAAUAACCGCGAGCAAAGCAUGCCAUCAGAUGCUGCUCUUCCUAAGGACGCCCUCGACGCUUAUCUGGAAGGUUUCGACCCCUCCGUUGCGCCUCUCGGUAUCAUCACGCUUGAAGAUGUCCUUGAAGAGCUCAUCGGUGAAGAGAUCUACGACGAGUUCGACCCCGAUGGUGCCAGCGCUGGUCAGGCCCGGGUCGCGUAUGACGGCCGUCACCCUGCCUCAAGUUCCGCGCCCGACAUCGCGUCCCCUCAGCCCACACCUGGACCCAUUGUGACCACGCCGGCGCCUGGAUUUAAGAAGACGCUGGCAGCUCCGCUCGGCCUUCUCUCUCGCCGCUCCCGCAGUGUUCCGCCCUCGCCUCGCCAGCCGGCCAAGCCGGAGCUACCACCUGUUGACGAGAAGGAACAGGCUACUGAACCGGUUGCUGAGAAGGACACCAAGGAGAAGGAGAAGGCUCCGAUGACAAGCUCGCCUGAGGCUCUCCCGACUCGCCCUACCCUAGAGGCGCGCAUCCGCGCACGCGCAGCGGCAUCCGGCGGCGUGCCGACCCUGGCCAAGCACCGCUUCAAAUCCAGCGGAGGCCCGGGUGGCGUCGUCGCAGAGCAGGUCCGCUCACGCGGACCUUCCGGUAACAGCACUCCCGUCGCAUCUGCUGCUUCGCCUGCCAUCGAAAUAUCCGAACCCCAGGCAGACACGCUGCAGGUCCCGGGCGAAGGCUUGGCCCCCAAUGUCGGCAGGAAGACCCACACGCCCAUAGCAGAGCUGUCGGAGAACGAGGCGGCAAGUUUCGAGGGCGAGCGUAGUUGA